GGAGCGCGCUCGGCGCCGGGACAGCGGCGGCUCCGCGGGGCCGGGGCUGAGCCCGGGAGGAGGAAGAGGAGGGAAGGAGGCAGAGAAAGAAGGAAGGAAGGCAGGGAAGGAAGGAGGAGCUGUCGCUGUCGCUGUCGCUGUCCCGUCCCGCGGAGCGAUGCUGGCGGCUGCGGCGCUGUGCGCGGCCGCGCUGGGAUGCGCGGCCGGAGCGCGGCUGCUCAGCGCAGUGGACAUUUCCCUCAGAAGAGGGCAGACGGUGUGCAGGCGUGGGACGCAGAAACCCUGCUACAAAAUCGUUUAUUUCCACGAUGCCUCCCGCAGGAGCAGCUACGAGGAGGCUCACCUGGCCUGCAGGGCUGACGGGGGACACCUGGUCAGCAUCGAGAGCCCGGCGGAGCAGAGAUUGAUCGAAUCCUUGAUCAGGAGCCUCCUGGCCUCGGAUGGAGACUUCUGGAUCGGGCUCAGGAGGAGGAAGGAGGAGGGGGACAACAGCACUGAGUGUCACCGCUUCUACUCCUGGUCAGACGGGAGCUCGUCCAAAUUCCGGAACUGGUACGUGGACGAGCCAUCGUGUGGGGGCGAGGUGUGCGUGGUGCUCUACCACCAACCCUCUGCCCCUCCUGGCCUGGGGGGUCCCUACAUGUUCCAGUGGAACGACGACAGGUGCACCAUGAGGAACAACUUCAUCUGCAAAUACGCCCUGGAGAAGCCAACAAGAGCUCCAAUAGACAAUUCCCGAAGAGCUGUGGCAACAGAGCCCUGGAAGCCAAAAUUCCCAGAGGAACGCUGGAGGAAAGGUGCCAAUGGAACAGCUGGGAGAGCCAAAGAACCCAUUCAGGGCCUUGCCUUCAUCCUGAUUUCCAGCGUUCCUGUGCUGCUUCUCCUGCUGGCCAUCACAGGCAUCUCCUGCUUUUGGCUCUUCAUGAAGAGGAGACAGGAGCUGCUGGAUGUGUCCCCCAAGGGUGACCGGGCCUGGCUGCCCCAGCCCGGCAGGGACAGCCCCAGGCUGGACAUCUCCAGGGUGCUCCACAAGCAAAGCGAAGCUGACCUGGCUGGGGCCAGGCCUGGCACAAAGAAUUCCUCCUUCCGUGCCCACGAGGGGCUGCAGAGCCCCUGCAGGGACCCCCAGGAGCCCUCCAGCAGGGGCUGGGUGACACUGGCCAGCACGGAGAGCGGCUUUGUCACCAACGACAUCUACGAGCUCUGCGGGGAGCGCGUGGGCAGGAGCAAGGAGUCCACCUGGGUGGACAAUGAGAUUUAUGGAUAUUGAGGAAAUGGACCUAAAAAACCCACUGGAGUUUGGAUUUUGGGUGUCAACGUGACUUUUCUUGCCCUCUCUAUGCACUUGUUCAAUAACAGGAUGUGUGGUGUUGUGAGGGUCCCCAGGACGAGGGAAGAGAUGAGAAUCUUGACUCCACGUCUCAGAAGGCUGAUUUAUUAUUUUAUGAUAUAUAUUAUAUUAAAAGAAAAUUAUAUACUAAAACUAUACUAAAAGAAUAGAAGAAAGGAUUUCAUCGGAAGGCUCGAAAGAAAUAGAAAAUAAUAAUAAUAAAAUCUUGUGACUGAUCAGAGAGUCUGAGACAGCCAGACUGUGAUUGGUCAUUAAUUAGAAACAACCACAUGAGACCAAUCACCGAUUCACCUGUUGCAUUCCACAGCAGCAGAUAAUCAAUGUCUACAUUUUGUUUCUGAGGCCUCUCAGGAGAAAAGAUCCCAGCAAAAGGAUUUUUCAUAAAAUAUGUCUGUGACAACAAAGUGGACAUGCAACUCUCCAAGGUAAAAAAGAAGUUUAAUUUCUGACUCCCAACAUUUAUAGAUUUCCAAAAGUGACAGUGGAUAUUGGAGGGUGACAGUGCCAGCUCUCCAAUGACACUGGACAAACCAAGAGCCCGUCAAAUUCCUCCUGCUCCAUAAAAGAAUGCAAACAAUCAGUUAUUUACAGAAAGUGUGUGAGAAAGUUUGCUACAAGAAUGUAAACAUCAGAAGGCUCAGAAAAACUUAAAAAAUCAGGGUGACAAUGCUGUGUGUGGUGUUUGUCCUGGUUUUGCAUUGUGCCCUUAUUCUUCUAUUUUCUGCAAGAAUAGGGGUUUUUAAAGAUCCGGACUGAAAGGAAUGUACAGAUUUUGCUUUGCACCAAGGAAUGACACGUUAAUACCCUCCCAUUCCUUUUUGUACCAAAGAUAUGCCUUGAAACUGAAGGACAAUCCAAAAUCCUUAUUUAUUUACAGACCUCCUCCUCAAAGGUGCUAAAAGUUCCCUGUGGUGUGUGAUGGAGCUUUCCUGGAGAUGCUGAACACGGCAGGUGGGGAAGGAACCCCUUGGUUUGCUUUGCCUGUGUGUGUGACUUUCACUGUGCCCAUUAAAUUUCUU